AUGGCGGUCGCUAUACAGGCUGUCAAUUUGACAGAAGGUGACAACGCCGCCCCCACACCACUUGUCACCUCACAGGAAGGUGACAACGCCGCCCCCACACCACUUGUCACCUCACAGGAAGGUGACAACGCCGCCCCCACACCACUUGUCACCUCACAGGAAGGUGACAACGCCGCCCCCACACCACUUGUCACCUCACAGGAAGGUGACAACACUGCCCCCACACCACUUGUCACCUCACAGGAAGGUGACAACGCCGCCCCCACACCACUUGUCACCUCACAGGAAGGUGACAACGCCGCCCCCACACCACUUGUCACCUCACAGGAAGGUGACAACGCCGCCCCCACACCACUUGUCACCUCACAGGAAGGUGACAACACCGCCCCCACACCACUUGUCACCUCACAGGAAGGUGACAACGCCGCCCCCACACCACUUGUCACCUCACAGGAAGGUGACAACACCGCCCCCACACCACUUGUCACCUCACAGGAAGGUGACAACACCGCCCCCACACCACUGUCACCUCACAGGAAGGUGACAACGCCGCCCCCACACCACUUGUCACCUCACAGGAAGGUGACAACGCCGCCCCCACAACACUUGUCACCUCACAGGAAGGUGACAACGCCGCCCCCACACCACUUGUCACCUCACAGGAAGGUGACAACGCCGCCCCCACACCACUUGUCACCUCACAGGAAGGUGGCAACGCCGCCCCACACCACUGUCACCUCACAGGAAGGUGACAACGCCGCCCCCACACCACUUGUCACCUCACAGGAAGGUGACAACGCCGCCCCCACACCACUGUCACCUCACAGGAAGGUGACAACGCCGCCCCCACACCACUUGUCACCUCACAGGAAGGUGACAACGCCGCCCCCACACCACUGUCACCUCACAGGAAGGUGA